UCGUCCCUGUCAUUGAAGAGGUCAGCCGCGCACACCAGCCCGCCUCCUUCCUCCUCCGUCCUCGUCCUCGCCCCACCAGCGCAUAUAAAUAUUUCGCCGGAGCGCGCGCAUCGUUUUACAUGAGCUCAGCUCCUCCGUCUCCACUCCAAACCUCGCCAUUAUUCUAUUGCUCGCAAGCCCAACAGGGACGCGUCUCAGCCUCCUCGCUUCCAUCGCACGUACUACAAGAAGCAGAGCCACAUCGGGCUGUCCGGUCUGAACUCCGAACAGUGCACCCGCGACGACUAGCGAGAGCUGCCUACGUAUAGCUAGCUUCCAAGGAUUGGGUUUGUAGGAGAGGCGGCUCGACAGCGAGGGCCGGAGGAAGAAGAAGAAGCUGCAAGAGCACGCAAAGCGGGACGUCUCGUUCUCGUCUCGAGUGGACGCCGAGGGGAAAGCGGGAGAUUUUGAGGCGGCGACUUUGAUUGAUUGAGCGAUCGACGGCGCCGGGCACGAUCACACGAUACGAGUGCGCCGCGAGUGAUGUUCUUGGGCCUCCUCGGCUCAUGGCGAUCUCGGACACCGGCGCUCGCCACGUGAGGUGCCCCAGGUGCCGCAGCGUCCUCCAGGAGCCCGCCGGCGUCCCCGUGUACCAAUGCGGCGGGUGCGGCGCCAGCCUCCGAGCGAAACUCCGCAGCGGCGACACGCAGGGCGCGGCCGUCAGCGCCGCUCCGUCCACGGAGAGAGUCCUGCCGUCUCCUCGCCGGAGCCAGGCUCGGGGCGGCCAGUUGGGCGGCUCCGGGGAUGUCGCCAGCACCAGUGGCACGACUCCCGACGCUCCGAGCACCAGUGGCACGACUCCUGACGCCCCGAGCACCAGCUACCGAGGCGCCGGCACGACGAGCCGACGCGAGGCCGGUGAUCUCACGCCACCAGUCGUUGAGAGGAAGGGGCGUGAUCACCACCGGAGUGCCGAUCAGGUGCAAGUUGCUGGCAGUUCUCAACCGCGCGUGACAAGGGGUGCGGUCAGCGCUCCCAACGCGAGUGCCGCUCCGUCUUCAGCGAGUGCCCUGCCGUCUCCUCGCCGGAGCCAGACUCAGAGCAGCCACUUGGGCGCCGGGGAGGUCGCGAGCACCAGCGCCCCCACCCCGACUCCUGAUGUUCGAACCACCAGCCCCCGGGACGCCGGCACGACAAGCCGACGCGAGACCGGCAGGGCCCUGGGCACCAGCGGCGACCUCACGCCAGCGAGGAAGCAUCACUCCUCGGUGCAAUCGCCGCCGAACGUCGAGAAGAAGGGGCAUGAUCACCACCGGAGUGCCGAUCAGGAGGAAGAUGGUGGACCCUCCGAACCUCGCAGGGGGAGGGGUACGGUUAGUGCUCCCAGCGCCGGUGCAAACUUCGCCGAGAUGCGAGGUUCAGAGAGGGGGCGUGAAGCCGAGACUGAAACUGACGCCGCGAGGAAGAAAAGUCCAAGUCCAAGCAGAGCGGCUGUCGGCGAAGCUGCACCAAUGCCUGACCGUGUCGCGGAUUCCCGGUCUGCACCGGCUGCGGCGAGCUGGAGACGGCGAGACGAUGCCGCGGCGGCGCCGGUGCCGGCUGUGGCGGAGGAAAAGGCACCGAGCCCUCCUCGGCACGCGCCGCAGAAGAUGAGUCCCCUCCACGAGAAGAUCCUGAAGACGGUGGACGAGCUGAAAGGCGACCUCUCCGAGCUCUUCAGCCAGUCUCCGGAGGCCAAGCCAAGGACACCAUCGCGCCCGCCUCGCCGUCCCAGGCAAGAAGGCCACGCCCCUCACCCGGCCGUCCCUGCCAGCAGAGCUCGCCAUGCUGCGGCCGCCGCCGCCGCUCUGCACCAUCGCGGCAACGCGGGCAAGCACGGACAGGCUACCCUCCGCGGUUUGCCGUCGCGGCGGUAUCGCCGGUGCAGGGCCGACCCGUGCGGCGGCCACGACGCGCGCCCUGCAGGACCAUGCCGGCACAGCUGCUGCGAUCACGGUCACGGCAGGCCUGAGUGCGGCAGCUGCAGGGGGCACUGCUGCCGUCCGUCCAGAGCGCAGGAGCUCGCGCGGCCGGCCGCCGCGGAGGCCAAGAAGCGCGCACCGCCGCCGAGGCACCACUGCCGGCCGGUCCUAAAGGGCGCGCCGUUCAUCGUCUGCUCCAGCUGCUUCACGCUCGUCCAGGUGCCCGCCGGCUUCGCCGUGGCGAGCGCCAAGGUGCGCGACCUGCGGUGCGGCGCCUGCUCCGCCGUGCUCUCCUACUCCUACCGCGACCCGGACAGGAAGAAGCCCGCCGACGAGUGCAGCACGGCCGGCUCCUCCCCCGCGCGCCACGUCGGCGCGCGGCCGGACCUGUUCUCGUUCAUCGAGGACUUCGCGGCGGAGUACGGGGCGAGCAGCUACUCCACGACGGAGGACGAGCAGCCGCUGCACGUGUCGAGGAACUCGUCCUUCGACACCGUCGUCGCGGCGGGGGAGGAGGCGGCGGCGCGGCGGCACAGCCACAGCCUGCACCGUCUCAUGGGGUACGGCUCGGCGAGCGAGCUGCUGCUGCGGCGCUCCCCGAGCCUGUACGAGUACGGGAGCCCCGGCAAGAGGUCGACGCCGCCGUCGGACGCCAGCGGGCGGCACGACGACAGGAAGGGGAAAGGCAUCUGCGUCGACGACUUCACCGGCGACGAGGACUCGGACGACAGUUGCACGCUGAGGCGAUCGAACGGGAGAAGAGCCGGCUGGACGCCUGGCCAUGGCGUUCCGGCGGCGGGAGCCAUCAGGAUCAGGUAGCAGCGGAGGAGCUCGGCUCGUCGUAUAUAUACUGUAGAAAAAGAUAGUUUCAGUUCAGGCGAUGGAAUUCUGAUGGUAUUUUUCAGGUGUUGGAAUUCUGAUAGACAGAGUGAAUUGUGUUAGAUUUACCAUUUGGUUAGAUGGGUGAGGUGGUGUGCACAUUUGGUUGAUUUCUUCAUUUUUGAGUGCAACAAUGUUGCAGAAAUGUAGAUACUCAGACUCUCAAUGCCGUGAUUAUGAGGAUAAGGAAUAUCUUCAGGUCCUUUCUGAAA